AUAUUUAUUUUAAUCAAUUUUCUCAACCAUCUUCCUUGAAUAAUUAUCAUCAAUUUUAUUAAGAAAAAUGGCAAAAACACCGGCAAUCGGAAUUGAUCUUGGUACAACAUAUUCAUGUGUUGGCGUAUUUCAACAUGGUAAAGUCGAAAUUAUCGCUAAUGAACAAGGUAACCGAACCACACCAUCAUAUGUUGGAUUUACCGAUACUGAGCGGUUGAUUGGUGAUGCGGCCAAAAGCCAAGUAGCCAUGAACCCAAGUAACACUGUGUUCGAUGCAAAACGUUUGAUUGGACGACGAUUUGAUGAUUCCACAGUACAAGCUGAUAUGAAACAUUGGCCAUUUACUGUGGUCAAUGAUGGUGGAAAGCCUAAGAUUCAGGUCGAAUAUAAAGGUGAAACAAAGAAGUUCUUCCCAGAAGAGAUCUCAUCAAUGGUGUUGACCAAAAUGAAGGAAAUCGCUGAAGCUUAUUUAGGCAAGACUAUCACUAGUGCUGUAAUCACAGUUCCGGCCUAUUUCAAUGAUUCACAACGUCAAGCUACUAAAGAUGCCGGUACAAUUGCUGGUUUAAAUGUUUUGCGUAUCAUCAAUGAACCGACGGCUGCUGCCAUUGCUUAUGGUUUGGACAAAAAAGCCAAAGGUGAACAAAAUGUACUGAUUUUUGAUCUUGGCGGUGGUACUUUCGAUGUUUCCAUCUUGACCAUCGAGGACGGUAUCUUUGAAGUAAAAUCGACAGCUGGUGACACCCAUUUAGGUGGUGAAGAUUUCGAUAACCGAAUGGUCAAUCAUUUUGUCCAGGAAUUCAAACGAAAACACAAAAAGGAUUUGACCAGCAAUAAACGUGCACUUCGUCGUCUCAGAACAGCUUGCGAACGAGCCAAACGAACCUUGUCUUCUUCAACACAGGCCUCAAUUGAAAUUGAUUCAUUGUUCGAAGGCAUUGAUUUCUAUUCGACCAUCACUCGUGCUCGUUUCGAAGAAUUGUGUGCUGAUUUGUUCCGUUCAACAUUGGAUCCAGUGGAGAAAUCUCUUCGCGAUGCUAAAUUGGAUAAAUCACAAAUCAAUGAAAUCGUAUUGGUUGGCGGCUCCACUCGUAUUCCUAAAAUUCAAAAAUUGUUGCAAGACUUUUUUAACGGUAAAGAAUUGAACAAAUCAAUCAAUCCAGAUGAAGCUGUAGCCUAUGGAGCAGCUGUUCAGGCAGCCAUCCUUAAUGGUGAUCAAUCGGAAAAUGUUCAAGAUCUCUUGCUUCUUGACGUUGCUCCUUUAUCGUUGGGUAUCGAAACAGCUGGUGGUGUGAUGACCCCAUUGAUCAAACGUAACACUACCAUUCCAACCAAACAAACACAAACAUUUUCAACAUAUUCCGAUAACCAACCUGGAGUACUUAUACAGGUCUAUGAAGGUGAACGUGCCAUGACCAAAGACAAUAAUUUAUUGGGCAAAUUUGAAUUGAGUGGUAUUCCACCUGCUCCACGUGGUGUUCCGCAAAUCGAAGUCACAUUCGAUAUUGAUGCAAACGGUAUUCUUAAUGUAUCUGCUGUAGAUAAAAGUACCGGAAAACAGAAUAAGAUUACGAUUACAAACGAUAAAGGUCGAUUAUCAAAAGACGAUAUUGAACGUAUGGUCAAAGAAGCUGAAUCAUAUAAAGAAGAAGAUGACAAACAACGUGACCGUAUUUCGGCUAAGAAUACAUUGGAAGCAUAUGCAUUCCAGAUUCGAUCUACGAUCAGUGAAGAUGCAAUCAAAUCAAAAAUAUCGGAAGAAGAUCGAAAAAAGAUUGAUGAUAAAGUUAGUGAAGUGCUUAAAUGGUUGGAUGCUAAUGCUUUGGCAGAAAAAGAUGAAUUCGAACAUCAACGUAAAGAAUUAGAAAGUGUAUGCAAUCCGAUCAUUACAAAAUUGUAUCAACAAGCUGGUGGUGCAGGCGCUGGUGGUAUGCCAGGUGGUAUGCCAGGCGGAUUUCCAGGUGGUUUUCCCGGUGCUGAUGGUUCUGGUGGUGCCGGCAGUGGUGAUGGCGGUAAAUCUGGACCAACCAUCGAAGAAGUCGAUUAAAUAGAGUAGGAUUUUUUUUGUAAUUCGAUUCUCAUCUUCGUAUUGUGGUUUUUAUCGUUUAAUCAUGGAUCAUCAUUCAUGUUGUAUCCAUAAAAUCUUUCAAUAUAUACACAUACACUCAUCUAUCCAUUUUAGCCAUCUUUAUUGUUAAAAAAAAGGAAAAAAAUUUUCAAAUAAAAAAAAAUACAUUUUUAUUUGUGGAACAUAAUUCGUUCUUCAAAUAUGAAUAGGUAUUAUUAUUAAUUGAAUUUUGAAUAAAAUAAAUAAAUAAAAUUUGUAUUUCUAA